UUACACAAAUUAAAUCCAGUGAAGACUUGGAGCAUUUGAAAGAAUGAUUUGAUGACCAUCAGGUGACAAUUUCUACACUGUCAACAUGUCUUUAUCAAAGUAUGCAUCUACCCAAGAAACAACAAAUAUUGCUCGACUGGCAAGACUUAUACUAGGUCCCUGUACCGACGUGUUACGUGAAAUUCUUAAGACAGAAGUGUUACCAUCUGAAUUGUCGAAAAAAGUAAAAGAAUUUACAGAUAAACAACUAAAACGUGGAAAUAGAAAUCCACUCAAUAAAAUACAAUCAGAGAUCCUUUUCCCAUUACCAGAGAAACAAUACAGUGGCGAUUAUUCAGAUUUAGACAUAUCUUUACUAUACAUACUUCUACGAAAUGUCAGCAAAAUACCUCAACAUUCGGAAGGUUGGGAAAAAAUUCCAAAACCCGGAGACAGAAGCGUUGCAGCAAACAUUGAAAGACUUCGGCUAGUCAGGAAUAAGUAUUAUGGACAUGCAGCUGACCUGUCUUUGUCCGAAUCAAAUUUUAAAGCGGAAUUGCGGAACAUCCGGGACAUCAUUAUGGAAUUAGAGAGAUACCUUGGAACAACAGGGAUUUACCAGGAUGCCAUCAACACAAUCGAAACCUGCUCAAUGGAUCCAGAACAAGAGAAAAAAAACAUUGAAUUACUUGGAGACUUUCAUAAUCUUUCAAGUCAAAUCCAGUCUAUUCAGAGGGAGUUAAAGUUACCUCAUGGUAAUAAACGCUUGUUAGUUCAAUUUAGAUAUGGACCGUUAAUAUGGCUUGUUUAGAUAGGCAUGUUGAGCAACAUGUACAAUACCAACCAGACCCAAAUUGACAAACAAGACGUUCCAGAAAAGACUAAUCUGUGACUGCUUUUUCGAAAUUUGAGACUAUAUGGGAACGCUGUGACACUGCUUAAAGCAAUAUGAGCUGCAACUUUGAUGUCUGAAAUUUUGGCUGCAAAAUUGUAAUAAACUAUUUCGGUGAGAGAGAAAGUUAACAUUAAUAAACUUCUGUUGUUCAUAUUCGCGAUGGAAGAACUAUUUAUCAGCUUUGAUUGAAGCAAAGUUACAUUAUUGUCGUCCUGUACAGUAUUGAUUUCUUAUAUAAUACUAUAUAUUCGAUUGUACUUUCUUUUGAGACAGUUUCAUACUUUAUAUUAGUCUAAUUGAUCUUAAAGCUUUAAAUUACAUACAAAUUUAUCACACAUUUUAACAGCAAAAUAAAAUAUUCCAAAAUGCAGCUUAUUUUGCUUUAACGAACACUCUGGGACGAGGGACUGUUGUGUUUCUGCUCUGAAACUGCGCUAGAAAAGAUCCUAAUAGUUUCAUAAAUCCCGGGACUGCUUUAAUUUGUUCAUCCAUGUGUGUAAAAAGUUUCGGGUGACAAGAAAGG